AGCCUUCCUGUUGGAGUAACACGGUUUCUCUGGGAUUCUCUCUCUGAGAUCCGAAAGCUUUUUAUUUCAUUUCUUCUUUUCCUAGCCCCCUCGGAAGAAUUUUCCAUUCCCUUCCAAUUUCAAUCCAUCUAUUCCAUGCUUCUUCAUUCGCACCAUCUGCUGCACCACCAACUAAGGAAUCUUAUCCUGCUUUAAAACCCCGAGUAUUUCCCAGUAUUUUUUGUUCUUUUUCUAGCGCGUUUGAGAUUAUCGCCAUAGUAGAUCCUUCAAGAUUAGUUUUUUCCCGCUAUCUUUAGGCCUAUAGCAUAGGAAAAAUCAUACUUCAACGUGAUCUGCUGCCUGGGGGUUCUCCAGCUACGUUUUGAGACUUCCGCUGAAUUGUCCUGGUUUAGUUAUAUUGUAAUUGUUUCACUCUCUUAAGUUCUUUGGUUUAAAUGUAGUGGAAUUACAGCAUAUUUUCCAUUGUUUCAACUGUUGUUGCUAUUGUAGCCGCCAAACAGUGCGCAAUUCCUGUUCUUGUUUGGCUUCCCUUUUAGUUGCAACUUUGUUACAAUUGGUUUUCUUUUCCUGCUCUUUUAUAGCGUAUUUGGACCUUCUCCGUUGCAUUUGAUGAGACUCUUCUGAUCCGGUUGUUGUAGCUCCACUUUAUCGUUUCUGGGGCUUUUUUCUGGGUUCGCAAACGGGAAGCGGUGGUUUGGUGAUUUGUACUUUGGAGUUGAGAGAAGGGGUUGUUGGGUGCCUCUAUUGGCUUAUAUUUUUGACCGUUUUUAUGCUUGGUUCCUACGAUGCUGCCUGAUCAUAGAAGAAAGUCCUCUGUGGAUGUAGAUUUCUUCACAGAAUAUGGUGAAGGUAGCAGAUAUAGAAUAGAAGAAGUAAUUGGUAAAGGAAGCUAUGGUGUUGUUUGCUCUGCAUAUGAUACACACACUGGAGAAAAAGUUGCAAUAAAGAAGAUCAAUGAUAUAUUUGAACAUGUAUCUGAUGCUACCCGCAUUCUUCGUGAGAUUAAGCUUCUUAGACUCUUGCGUCACCCAGACAUUGUGGAGAUCAAGCAUAUAUUGUUACCUCCCUCUAGGAGGGAAUUCAAAGAUAUAUAUGUAGUUUUUGAGCUCAUGGAAUCUGAUCUACAUCAGGUCAUUAAAGCAAAUGAUGAUUUGACUCCAGAACACUACCAAUUUUUUCUCUAUCAGCUUCUCCGAGGCUUGAAGUACAUUCAUACAGCUAAUGUUUUUCAUCGAGAUCUAAAGCCAAAAAACAUUUUAGCAAAUGCUGACUGUAAACUUAAGAUCUGUGACUUUGGUCUUGCCAGAGUAACUUUUAAUGACACGCCAACUGCCAUAUUUUGGACUGAUUAUGUUGCAACAAGAUGGUAUAGGGCUCCUGAAUUGUGUGGAUCCUUUUUCUCCAAGUACACACCAGCCAUAGAUAUUUGGAGUAUUGGCUGUAUUUUUGCAGAGCUUUUGACUGGAAAACCUCUUUUCCCGGGAAAGAAUGUUGUCCAUCAGCUAGACCUUAUGACUGAUCUUCUUGGAACACCAUCCCCUGAAGCCAUUGCCAGGGUGAGAAAUGAGAAAGCUCGGAGAUAUUUGAGCAGCAUGCGAAAGAAGAAGCCGGUUCCUUUGUCCCAUAAGUUUCCUAAUGCAGAUCCCCUGGCUCUUCGUUUGUUAGAAAGAAUGCUGGCAUUUGAACCCAAGGAUCGACCUACAGCUGAAGAGGCUUUAGCAGACCCAUAUUUUAAAGGUUUGGCCAAAGUUGAAAGGGAGCCUUCUGCUCAGCCGGUUAGCAAGAUGGAAUUUGAAUUUGAGAGGCGCAGAAUUACUAAGGAAGACGUAAGGGAGCUCAUUUAUCGAGAGAUUUUGGAGUACCAUCCAAAGAUGCUGAAGGAAUAUUUAGAGGGAGCAGAGCCAAUUAAUUUUAUGUAUCCAAGUGCUGUGGACCACUUCAAGAAGCAAUUUGCGUAUCUUGAGGAGCACUAUGGAAAAGGUGGAACAGUUGCCCCUCCCGAGAGGCAACACGCAUCACUACCCAGGGCAUGCAUUGUCCCUCAUCCCUCUCAUCAUAUAUCUUUGGAUAUAAAUGUAUCUAGAGAUCCUUGUCUUUUGAACAGGUGCUCCUUGCUUUUCUUUUGUUCUGCUUCUUGGGCUUGUUUUUCCCCCUGGCUCAUACUGUUGCGACUACUCACUUCAGGUGCUGCGGCAAGACCUGGGAAAGUUGUGGGUUCUGUAUUGCGAUACAACAAUUGUGGGGCAGUAGCAACGGCAGAUGCUCUUGAACAGCGGAGGAUAAUUAGAAACCCCUCUGUUCCAGCCCAAUAUGCUGCUUCAAGUUGUCCAUAUCCUAGAAGAAACCCAAGCUGUAAAAAUGAGAGGGCAGAAGAUGAAGGAAUUGAAACUUCUAAUGGAAUGCAGCCAAAACCUCAGUAUAUGGCAAGAAAAGUUGCUGCUGCUCAAAGUGGAGCUGGUGGUCAGUGGUAUUGAUUCUGGGUAUUUUGAAUAUGCGGCCAGCCUCUUCCAUUUGCCAUGCAACUCUGAUGUCUAGAUUCAUGUACGACGCCUUGUCCAAGAUUGAUCAUCUGAAUUCAAAUAUAGGUGGAAUAACCUUAAAACCUGAAUACUAUUAUCAAAUAGAGAGCUGAAGGAGACUGUAGUCUGAGAAGAUUAUGGCCGGCAUUUCUCACAUCUGGCGAUCUGCACCAGCAGUUUAAAUUUUUGAAGGGGUUCACGUGGUUUGUUUGAUGAUUUUCUAGACUUUUCGAUCCAUUCAUAACACAGGACAUGAAAGGCACGAAAAGCCAAGAAAUGGAGGCAGAUCAGCUGCUGCCUACAAAACUGAGCUGUUCUCUUCAUUGCAGAAUUGGCGUUGAUCCAAAACCGUCGGCCGUAACAAUGCCAUGAUACCGUAUUAUUUUUCCUUCUGUUCCAGACAUCUGCUUAUAGUUCAAAUAAGUAAAUCUUUCCUUUGAAAAUGUACCAUGACUUCGUAGAAACUGGUUUUGUGGCAAAGAAGCAAAUUUGAUACGACUAUUAUUGUAACUUCAAAGUUCUUCACAUUAAUUACUUACUAAAUUUCUAGAUUACAAACAAAAAAUU